AUGGCACAGAACGCUGUCUGCAAAAUCGCCGUCGAUGACAUCGCCCUCGACCGUCAGGUAAUCACCAACAGCGACUUCACCUUCAGUCAUGUGUUAGAUGACUGGAGCGUUACGAACCAGAAAAGUAGUGGCAGAUGCUGGAUGUUCGCUGGGCUGAACCUGUUCCGCGUCGGCGCGAUGAAGAAGAUGAACCUGAAAGAAUUUGAAUUCAGCCAAAACUAUACUUUCUUCUGGGAUAAGCUCGAACGCUCUAACCAUUUCCUGCAACGGAUGAUCGAGAUGGUAGACCGUCCCGUGGACGAUCGGUGCAUUGCAUGGCUACUUGAAAGUCCCUUAGAGGAUGGCGGACAGUGGAAUAUGUUCGUCAAUCUGAUCAAGAAACACGGACUUGUGCCUCAAGCGUUUAUGCCUGAGACGGAGAGUUCGUCAAGCUCAAGUCGGAUGAAUCGCAUCCUGUUGAAUAAGCUGCGUGAGGGAGCAAAGACGCUUCGUGAUAUGGCAUCAAAAGAUGCGAGUUUCGAUGAACUGUUAGAUGCCAAAGACGAGAUUAUCACGGUCAUCCACCGCAUCCUGUCCAUCCAUCUCGGCACGCCGCCAACCCAUUUCGAUUGGCAGUGGAACGACGCGGACAAAGAAUUUCACCGCGAUGGGGAAAUGACACCGCAACAGUUCGCAGAAAAAUAUAUCACCGUUCCUGUCGAUGAUUACGUCUGCCUCGUCCACGACCCACGCCCGACAAGUCCCAUCGGUAAAACCUUCACGGUUGAAUGUCUCGGUAAUGUCGAGGGCGGCGCAAUUGUCAAAUACCUGAAUAUCGAUAUCGACCUGAUGAAGCAGAUAGCGAUGAAGACCAUUAUGGACGGGGAACCGGUCUGGAUGGGGUGCGAUGUUGGGAAGAUGAUGCAGAGCAAUCUCGGUCUUUGGGACGCGAAACUGUAUGACUACGAAGGUAUUUACGACACACCAUUCACCCUUGACAAGGCAGGGCGGCUCCAGUACCACCAGACCCUGAUGACCCACGCGAUGCUAUUCACGGGUGUGGAUGUGAUACAGGAGAACGGCAGAGAGAUUCCGCGGCGUUGGCGGGUUGAAAACAGUUGGGGUGCCGAUAGCGGGCGCAAGGGGUUCUACCUGAUGAAUGACAACUGGUUUGACCAAUAUAUGUUUGAGAUUGCUGCGCGAAAGGAGUAUCUACCUAACGAGCUACAGGAUGCGCUUGAGGCAGAACCGAUUGUUCUUCCCGCCUGGGAUCCGAUGGGUGCGCUAGCGAGAGAGGUUUCUGUCGUUAGCUAG